AUGGUUCUCGGACUUCGUUCCCGUAAACACCCAGGCGGUACCACCGUCACCACGACCACGACCACCACAAGACAUCCACCCAAACAUGGCGCUGUUGCCAAGCCCACAUUGAUGCAGCGCCUAAGAGGGCCACGCAGAGCCAGAGCGCAUCCAGCAACCACCACCAGAGCCCGACCCGUGCGAACCAGGAGAGCGCCUCGUGCCACACAUACCACAGCAGCACCUCGUCGCAAGACCAGCAUUGGUGACAAAGUCUCCGGAGCCAUGAUGAAACUUCGAGGAAGUUUGACCCGAAGACCGGGUGUCAAGGCCGCUGGGACACGACGGAUGCACGGUACCGAUGGGAGGGGUACCCGCCGAUAUUACUAG